AGCUGCCGUGGGGAGGGGCUGGUGUGCCAUGCCAAGCCUCGCUCAAGUGUGUGCUGAUGCUGGCAGUGUGAAGUGUGAAGCUUUGGAUGCUGGUGCUGCCUCCUCAGCCCCUGAAGUUCCAAUUGUGUAUGUCAAAGAAGAGUUAGUGGAAGCCAUGGAGCCAGUGCAUGUGAAGGAGGAGUUAGUGGAAGCCAUGGAGCCAGUUUAUGUGAAGGAGGAGAUAGUGGAAGCCAUGGAGCCAGUUCAUGUGAAGGAGGAGCCAUUCAAUUAUGACGAAGAGGCCCAUGAGCUCCCCAGCCCUGGUUGUGGGGACCCGCCAGUCCCUCCUCCCCUGCUGUGUGUGCCCUGCAAGAGGGAAGCGCCAAGCGAGGCUCAUGAGGCUCCCCACGCCCCUCAACAUUCCUCAUUGAUUGAUGGGCGCAGCAGCGGCGAGUUGUCUACGCCUGGGGAAGCUGCAGCAGCGGCUGGUGGCUGUUAUGCUGAAGAGAUGAACGGAGACGCCGAGUUUGCAUCAGCAAACUUGCGCGAGCGAGAACGUCCCAUGACGCUUAUCUGGGAGUCUUGCUCAUUCGAGACUCUUCUCUACGAAACUAACCUUGCUUGGAAUCAUUCCAGCAAUAACCAUGCUCUGCCGUGUCCAGCGGCUCUGCUGUGUUCUGCGGCUCUGCCGCACCCUGUUCUCUUUGUGCUGUGCAUGCUGGAGCUUUCUGUCUUGGGGCUACAUGGACGUGUCUUCGAAGCUCCCAUUAAACAAGAACUAGAAGAAGAAGAAGAAACUUGUUUAAAUGCGCAGCUUGCAACUUCA